AUGAAUCAGUUAGUAGGAAACGAAUUAUCUUGUCCAAACAAUGAGAAGGCUAAAGGAAAUUUAGAUCUUAUUAUAAAGUCAAAUAUCAGCAUCGAUCGUGAAAGCAGUUCCCCUGGCACAGAUUCACCAGCUCCAAAAACAAGACGCUUGUCUUUAAGGUCAAAAAGAAGUUUCGAUUGCUCAUUUGAACUUUGGGAUGAAAGUUAUUUUGCCACUGAGAGAAAGGUUUCGCAACUUGCUGGUCUUCACUAUGCAGCAUUUAGUACAAAUAAACAAAACAGACCGUAUUCACUGGAUCUGAUAGAUCUCGUAGAGGACCAAGGUGUAACGUGCUUAGAUGCUGAUAAUCCAGACCGAUGGGUUGUUCGUAUUCAUCCUUCACAACAGAAGUUGGGUAGUUUUUACAAGCAGCUUAGAACAGAAAAUGUGUCAUCUGAUUCUCAAAUAAUAGAUGAGAAUGAAAACAGUGUAUCUGUUGAACUAUUGGAACCAGCACUACAAGAACCUCAAUCCACUCAGGGGGGAAUGAAACGAAUUGGACGCGUCAAUGCUGUUUGUUUAACACGUCACCCGAAAAGUGCUCAGCGUGGAAAACGAAAUCCAAGAGAAGCCUUCCGAGAGGAUGUUAUUAGCUUUUCAAAUAAGCAGCAGGAGGCACGGAUGAAAAUAAGGUACGCUUUGACCGAACUCAGUGAUACAGAAAUCGAAUACUCUAGAGCAUUGAAACAAUUAACAGAUGUAUUGGAUUCCUUAAAAAAAAUCAUUGAUUAUCCAUCUGUGAUUGAUAAUGACGUUAGAGGUCUUCAAGCGACUUUGAGUAGAAUUGUUCAAUUCAGUGGUACAUUCUUGGAGAAAUUACCUGUCUAUGCACUUGAGCCAGGGAGAUCUGCCGAAUGUUUUACAAAGGAUCCUGAUCGCUGGUAUGACUAUACAAUGUUUCUUAUACUUUCGGAUCAUUUGAUCAACCAUACCUUGCAAACAACAUCUCAAGAUACAGAAAUAUCAUUCAGUCUGUCCAUUUUAGAUUCUGCACAAAAAACACAAAAUGCAGCCAGUGAUCAAUCAGAUUUAUCUUCACAACGUAACAGUAUUUCAUUCAGGAACUUAUUAGAUCUUAUAGAUGUCCCACGACAUCGAUUGAAUGCCUACGGUGGAUUGUUACGAGAUAUCGCAAGAUAUAUUGCACGUGAUGGUUCGUCGACAAGAAAUCUUGAAUUAGCAAUGAUAAAUGUAACAAGAGCCCAAAGAAGAGCGGAAGAAUUCAUUCACUUAUGGUCACAGGUCGAUGAAGAUUUUAAUCAACUUUUCAGUUCAGAAAAUUUAAAUGACAAUAACUCAUUGUUUGGAAAGCAAAUACCACCACCUAUUACCCGAAUAACUGACGUAAAAAUUGGUCAACACAAAGGUAUUCAAAUCGAUGCGAGUGAAAUGGAAAUAGAAAGGCUAAUUCUCCUCCCGAAUCAUUUGUUAUCACUUAAAAGUACCAACGUAAAUGAUUCAACAUGUCAUUGGAAGCUGAAUAGGAUAAUCAAUCUGGAUGAACUUCGAGUUGGUGAUCUUGGUAAUGAAGGAAGCGAUCAAACAUCCUUUGAAUUAUGGAAUGUAUCAGGUGAAGAUCCACUCAAAUUAAUUUUUCGAAUCACUUGUUCUGAAAUUAUUAGCCGUAAUGCAUGGGUUGAGGACUUGAGAUAUGCAAUCAAAGAAAAAAUUGAAUGUUCAACAGAAAGUACAAACGUUGCCAAAACAGUUGUUGAUUCGCAUAUAAACAGGUUUUGGGAUUUACAGAAACGCUUCACCGGGAUUAUGGAACUUUCACCAUUUCAUAGUGAAUCCGUUAGUGAGAUCUAUUUUGAUGCGCUCGAAAAUGUGCAGCAUAUCAGUUCACAAAGUGUUGAAUCAUCACAGUUGUCGCAAACAGAUAAAGAUGGUCUAAUAAGAACCACUUUUAACCAGAAAUCAACCUCAUCAUCAUCGUAUUAUACUGCUGAUGAACCAGUGGAUGAUGUUGGAAAAGACCGAAUAGCAUCAGCUAAUCUUUUCGAAUCCUACUCAACUUUGGAUGGUGUGCAAACACCUUUUUCUGAAGAUCAACAGUCUCUUACCGAUUUUCAAAUGAGUCCAGACAUUCGAGGAAAUCAAUCUCAGUUACCACUGAGAUCAUCUCUGGCAGGAAAUGAUACCCUCGUAAAGCAGCUAACUGUACAUGCAGGUGAACAAAUACAAUUUAAUGCUUCAUUCACUAUAUCUGGUCCGGUUGCUUAUGAAACAAGUUGGUUCAUGAACGGUGCUCCAGUGAAACCCGAUAUAGGUGCUGAAAUGAUACUGUCAGAUCGUGAUACACGUUUACUGAUAGCAAAUGCUGAUCCUUUAAUGCACUCUGGUACAUAUACAUGUAAAUGUCGUCUUUUCGAAGGAACGGAAACAGCUGUCUAUUUCUGCGUUAAUGUCCUAACAGCUAAACUGAGUCAAAGUGAUUCCAAUGAAAAUGAAUCAGAGCAGCUGAAAUUAACAAACAUAAUUAAGUCCAACAUCUUCUGUCCAGUAACUAAGGAAUUAGACCUACCAAUAGGAAAAUCACUUGAAAUAGAAGUGAAGAUCGAUGAAGAAAAUGUGUUGAAAUUUAUGAAUACUGAUAAUAUCCAAGUCCAGUGGUAUCAAGAUGGGUUACUUCUUAAACCUGGAUCAACAUGUGAAAUGAUCAAAUCAAAUGACCGUUUCAUCCUCCGUUCAACCUCCAACAACUUACAGCCUGAUAAACUUUACACAUAUACAUGUGCUUUAAAAUUACCUGACAAUUCCUUUAUAUCGACAGCACCGAGCUUAACGAUACCAGUUCGUUUGCAUUAUCCAACAGUUAAGGAAUUAGAAAGUGAAUUAAAAAUGAAUAUGCAUAAAAAUUCUUCAAAAGUCAACAAUAUUUCGAUACGUCACGUUGAACUAACAAAGAAUGAAGCAUUCCGGCUAACUGUACCUAUCGAAAACAAUCCUCAAAAUCAAGAUUGUAUAGUGUGGUGGACAAAUAAAGACAAGUUGUUAGCAGGUAGUCAUUUGCCCCCAAAAAAUACAGAUUAUGAGUUUUUAGUUGAGCCCAAUUUAAAAGCCAAUGAGCUCAUGUUUAAACUUUUUAAACCGUCUACAGAAAGCGAAGAUUCUGGAACUUAUAGGUGUUGGAUAAUUUCACAAUCAGUAAGAAAUAACAUUGUUCAUUGUGCUGAUAUCACAGUCAUUGUAAGUAAUGUUGUAAGUAAUGAGAGACACAGCGAAGAAGAAGGAGAGGAAAGUGAAGGAAUGAAAACUAAACUUGAAGAGGAAAGACAAUCACAGGAAAACGGAAUUAAAGAGGAAGAGACUGAAGGAGAGGGACAAAAGGAAAUAGGCGAAGAAACAAAACUGCAGGAUGAAACAGAUGAAGCUAAAAGGCUGGCUGAAGAAGCCGAAUCAAGACGUCGACAGAAAGAGGAGGAUGAGGAGAAGAAGAAGAUGGAGGAAUUGGAACGAAAGAGGAAUGAAGAAGAGGAAGCUAAGAGGCUUGCUGAAGAAGCCGAAUCAAGACGUCGACAGAAAGAGGAGGAUGAGGAGAAGAAGAAGAUGGAGGAAUUGGAACGAAAGAGGAUUGAAGAAGAGGAAGCUAAGAGGCUUGCUGAAGAAGCCGAAUCAAGACGUCGACAGAAAGAGGAGGAUGAGGAGAAGAAGAAGAUGGAGGAAUUGGAACGAAAGAGGAAUGAAGAAGAGGAAGCUAAGAGGCUUGCUGAAGAAGCCGAAUCAAGACGUCGACAGAAAGAGGAGGAUGAGGAGAAGAAGAAGAUGGAGGAAUUGGAACGAAAGAGGAAUGAAGAAGAGGAAGCUAAGAGGCUUGCUGAAGAAGCCGAAUCAAGACGUCGACAGAAAGAGGAGGAUGAGGAGAAGAAGAUGGUGGAGGAAUUGGAACGAAAGAGGAAUGAAGAAGAGGAGGCUAAGAGGCUUGCUGAAGAAGCCGAAUCAAAACGUCGACAGAAGGAAGAGGAUGAAGAAAAGAAGGAAAAGCCUUCAAAAUUAGAAAAAGAGAAGGGUGAAGAUACUCAUAUGAAAUCUCCGGAGAAGGAAGGAAAGAAGCCAAAAGAUAUAGGCAGGGAAGAAGCUGAGGAGAAAGGGAGCGACUCGGAGGAGGAAGAGAAGAAGAAGAGAAAAAGAAGCAAACCAGCCCUGAAGGGUGGAACAGCACAUAGAACUAAACAAAUAGAGCAAUCAGAUAAUAAAAUAACUGAAAAAGAUAAGAGUUGCAACAAAAAAGAGGAACAAUUAACUGAAGGUGAGUUAGAAAUUCAAGAACAGAUAAAAGAGAGUGAUAGGCAAGAAGACAAAGCGAUUCAGCUGAAGAAACCUGUUGAAAAAGAUGACAUACUUGGAGAUCAGCUACAGAUGACAGGGGAAAGUAUGAUGACAAACUACUUACAGAUAAAAUCGCAUACUCAUGAGGACCAAGAUAAUACAAAGCAUUUAGUUGAAGCAUCUGACGCUAUCCAACUUGAACAAAGUAAAUCAGAACUUGAGUCAUCUGAAGAUAGGGUUGUGAAAUUCGACAAUAUAACCAGUCGUAAAGAUAAGAGGGAGAAAUUCGAGUCUCAAAAUACAAAUGUAACAGAGGAAAAAAUCACGAUAUGUAAUCUUAAAAUAAAGUCACAAACUGAUGAUAAUCAGUUAGGUGCCUUAAAGCUGGAUGAAAACUCUGAUGUUCAGAAGUCUAAAAUUGACAAGUCGGAAAUUAAGACAACUAAGGAAGAUGGAGAAAAAUCUUAUCGGAAAAUCCAUGGAAGUAAGGAUGAGGAAGCAAACAAAAAGGAAAAACAUAAAGAAAGAGAAGAACCGAAGGAUCGAAACACACUUUAUGUCGCUCAAGAAAGCAGAACAGAGUCAUCAGACAGUUAUGAACCAAAGUUUGAACCUACUAAUAAACAAGAUCGAAAACUAAAGCGUAGAGAAAGUAAGGAUAAAAAAGAGGCCAAGGUCUCUAUUGAGAAGAAAUCAGAUGCCGAUACUUCUAUGGAUUACCAAUUCAUUUCCGUUGAGAAAGAUGGUCAAGUUUCAGAGUCUAUUUGUGCUAGAGAAAUAUCAUACCAAGAACAAUCAAAAGAAGAAAAUAUAGAGUUGGAAAUGCAUGUAAAACAAACUGAAAAUGUAGAGGAUACUACCAGUUACACGUCACCUGGAGCAGUGCCAGUGACAAAAGACCAGAUGGAAGAGAAUGAAGAUUCCCGAAAGAAACAUGAAGAACAGAAUACAGAAAAGAGGGCCAAAAAAGACAAGCCGAAGAGGAAAAAACAUCACGAACGUGAGCUUACUAAAGAUACGACUAAUUUAGAAUCGGAAAUCAGAAAGGAAUCUAAAAUAUCAGGCGGACAAGACAACGAAACAACUGCACUUAUUGGAAACGAUCAACAGCAACAAAAUCGUAAAACUCAAAAAUCCCUAGUAGGGAUAGAAGAUGAUGUAUCUGAAGACGAAAAGCAAACACUAAGUACUGAAGAAGAAUACAGGAAUGCUAUGGGGAAAAAUCUGAAGGUCGAUGAGAAGGAAGUGGGAAAGAAGAUGAAGAACCGACGUAAAAGCAAAGAAGUGAAAGAAUUAGAACUGAAAAAGGUACAAACAGGGAGAUUAAACAAUAUCUUUUAUGAAGAUGAAAACUGUGACGUUAACGUCGUUUGCUUGAAACCAAUCACAGAAUUUAACAAAGACGAAAGUGUAUUGGUGAAACAAGGGACCACAGUCUGUUUAACAACCCAUCUUGAUUUAAAUAAUGAUUCUGUUUCCCUUCAGCCCUGUGAUUUCAUUGUCCUGCUAAACGGAAAACCUAUUGAAUUCAAUGGAAACCAGCAGCCUCUGCUUACCAUUGAACAGAACGUUGCGCAAUUAGUCCUUGAAAGCCUAUCACCCAACCAAGGUGGUAUUUAUGAACUCAGACUGCGUAAGGCGAUAGAAGAUUCCUUAAAUGCACAAGAAGAAGUGAAUGAAUCAACUUAUGUUGCUAAUAUGGCUGAUUUUAUUCCCUCUUCACGUUUCCCAUUAAUUUACGUUGAACCUGAAAAAGUUUUGCCAAAAGGUGAAGACGCAAAAUACAUUCAUGAUAAAAGUAAACAGCAGAAAAUAUUCUUAGCUGAGUUACUGCCAAAGUAUAUAUGCAUGCAAGGUGAAACACUGAAAUUAGCUGUUGAACUGAAAAAUAAUGUUUUAGUUAAAGAUUUUGAAUGGUUGGUGAAUGGAAAGCCAGUUGAUCCUGAAUCAAGUACAGACUUCGUAGUGUGGCAAACAGGCAACUGGAUUGCAUUGACAAUACCAAAUGUUCGAUCGGAUUUAACUGGAACGUAUACCUUACAUAUCGAUACUCCGUCUGGCCGAUAUACUACAACAGGUGAUUUGUCUGUGACUGGACAGAAAAGACAGAUGACACAAUAUGUUCCAUCUCAAGUGGAAGGGCUUAAACCCUUGUUCACGAAGCGACUUCAAGAUUACACAGCUGAUGUGAAUGAAACGGUUAGACUUAGUGCACGUUUGGUAGCAGAACCGCCCGCUACUAUUAUCUGGAAACAUAAUGGUAUCCCAGUUCAAAACGAUAACAGAGUUAAAAUACAUGAUGAUCACAUUAAUCCGUCGAUUAUAAUUCAAAAUGUAAAAGACGAGGAUUACGGGGAAUAUAUCUGUCUAGCAACAAAUGUACUAGGACAAGCUGAAACGAAGGCAAAUCUUUAUAUACAAAGUACAUUUUAUGAAACUGAUGGCUAUGCAACUGAUACUAGUGGAGUGUUAGAUUCUGUUAUUGAACCUUCAAGAUGUUCAGCUCUACCGGUGAGAGUAAAUAACGUCCAACUAGUUGAAAUGUAUGAUGGAGGUUUCAAAAUUGCAUGGGAUCCGAUACCAAAUGAACGGGUGACGUACAAUGUUGAAAUCAGCAAUGACGCAGGGAGAUGGUGGAAACCUGUACUUACCAACUUGCAUGAAGUUUCAGCGGAUAUUUCUAAUGAUAUUGCAUGUCCUUUGAACCCAGUGCAAGUGAGAGUAGUUGCUGAGAACGAAUACGGUCUUGGACCACCUUGCGUUCCACUAAUUCGUCUACCAAUUCGUGGAUGUCUUCCUCACAUGCAAGCUAUUAAGCCAGAGACUGAAUUUGAAGAAGCAACGGCUUGGACUCCAAACACUAAUUCAAAAUUAAGUAACGGCGCUGAUAAUAACUAUGAUUCACACAGCCGAUACAGAAUUCAACGCACAGUUGCAAAUAGCACCACUGAGAGUUUACAACCUGAUAUGAAGAAAUGGACGGUAGUCAAUAAAGAAGACGGCCUCGUUUAUGGUGAAGAAUAUGUUAUUGAUGAAGAUAAAGAAGGUAACCACACUUGGUUAGACAAUCAUGAAGUCUUACGUAUACCCUCACUACAUGAAUUAUGCCCUCCAGCCCCAUCGAAAAUUGAAGUGAAGUUGAUACCCCCACUUGAAACUACUGGUUCUGAAGGAGUAUGCGUCACUUGGAGACCCUCCAAAUUUCAAUCUAUUUCAGAUGACAGUUAUUUGAAGCAUAUCAAAAAUCAUGAUCAAAUCGACUACAGAAUAGAGUCACGCACAACUUUAAGUGAUAUGGCGCCUUGGCGACAAGUUGGUUUGAUUUCUGGGUCACUCUGUAAAAUAGAUGAUCGUAAAGCUGAACCCGGAUCGCAACUUAUUUAUCGAAUAACACCCAUCAAUCAGUUUGGUGAAGGCCCUAGCCUGUGUUCUGCUCCAAUUAGGCUACCGCUUCUGUUAACAAGUUUGGAGAGGUGUAUAGAAGAUUUACGCUUCCUAGUACUCGGACCAAAUACGAUUCAACUACGCUGGCGUUUAGGUGAUGCCAUCAUCGAUGCAUUAGGAUUUAGGAGAAAUUCAAAACAGUCAAGAGAUUGCAUGAAACAGUUAGAUUUAGAUGAGUCUGCAGAAAUGUGUGGACGUGUAAACUUUUCUAUUGAAAAACGCGAUGGUUAUGCUGGUGAAUGGUAUGCUAUCCAUGAACAAAUCAGUGGGAAUCUGCUUAAUAAGAUUGUACUGGAUAACUUUUCUUAUUUAGACAGAGAUAUCUCGUGUAGGAUAGUUGCACAUGUAGACGGACAGCAAACAAAGCCCAGUAGACCGAUUAGCAUCAGUAUUAAAACUGACUAUUUAGUUCCAGACUUCUCAGCUUUGAAGCCCCAUGUAAAUGUUACAUCUGUCGAGGAAUAUUUAAUAUCAUGGGAAGAUCCAGAUGUGCAGUCAAUGUAUACAAGUCAUAUUUUAAAUCUGACCAUACCUAAAGUCCUAAACAAGGAAACCAGUUAUGCUGUACAGAUACAACAUGAAGGUUCAACAGAAUGGACAACACUAACCUCUGAUCUACACACAACCCAGUGGACAUGGAACCAACCCAACCCACUAGUUGGAUAUCAUGUUCGUAUUCUUCCAUCGAAUCAAUUCGGUGCAGGACAUCCAACAAGAAGCACACUGAUAUCACCACAAGUUGUCAUACCUGAUUUGACAUAUAUGCGACCGUCUGUUGAAUCUCCAUCGGAAAUUCUAAAAGGAAGGGUUGCACCUGAGCUCGUGUGGCAGAUACCAAAAUCGUAUGCUUUGGAUCGGACCUUCACACCUUAUACAUUUGAAGUACAAGUUAAAGGUGUAGAAAAGUCUACGAAUCGUGAUCGUAUCAAAUUGGAAAUGAAUAAUGCAAAGUUAUCAAAAGAUGCUUCUAGAACUUCUGAUAGUGAAUACAUUUGGAGAGUUUUAGCAUCUGGUUUAAAACGAAAUCGUUUAUCUCUGGAACACUUAGAUCCAGAACAAGAAUACUGGUUACGAGUUGUUGCUGUUACAGAAUAUGGCCGAAGUACGCCGAGUCAACCUGUAAGAAAAAUGGCUGAUUUAAAUGCACGGCGUAACAGAUGCUCAUCAGCCUCCAUUGGAGUACUACAUGAACCUACACCAACUUCACCUACCUUCACAGAACCGAACACGAGUAUGAUUUAUGCUCCCGUUUAUGGUCAUGUAGAACUGAAAUGUGUAUUUCGCCCUGUGCAUCCUGAACAUGAAACACGUUUCACUUGGUAUUUCAAUGGUAAACUGCUAGAUGCAGAUGUGAGUUCAGCUUAUCCUACCUUGAAUCAAAAGUUCUACAGUACUGUAUCAAAAUCUGGAGAUACAGCCAUACUACACUUAAAUGGAAUUGGUGAAAAUGAUUUUGGUACUUAUAUUUGUAAGGCAGUGCAUAUGAUGGGAACUGGAGAGAAAGAAUUUAUUGUGAAAAUGGCAGAUGCCCCUGUAUUUUUAGAAGUCCCUACUCCGUUGUUGACUGUGAAAUUACAUUCUCGUUUUGAGUUACGCUGUCUUAUUGAUGCAUUACCACCCCCAACAAUAAUAUGGACAAGGGAUUCUAAAAGAGUUGUUGAAUCUCAUCGUACACAAAUCGGUAAAGGUGAUAGAAGGUUGGUGAACAGAACCCCAAGCAUUUCAACCUGUGACUUUAGCACGGAUGCUACUCUAUCUAUUGAUAAAUGUAUUCAUCAAGAUGCUGGUUUGUAUACGUUAAUCGCUGAAAAUAUAGCCGGUCGAGUAAUGACUAGUUGUUUGAUUCAUGUUGAAGAAAAUCCUGUUCCUGCCAAUAUAACUCUAAGAUGGACAAAUAUAGAGGAGCAUUAUUUCGUACUGCGGCGACUUGAACAUGAUUCAUCUUCGGAAGUUCGUUUACUAAUUGAUAAGAAGACAAAUAGUGAAUAUAUUGGAAAAUUAUUUAACUUAGACAAUCCCACUAGUCGUAUUAAUGGUGCUCGUGAAAUGGAGUGUUUAACACGUUUAUGUCAUAAAAAUGUUUUAAAAUUAGUUGAUGCACUUAUCAGUGAUAAUGUCCUGAUUUUAGUCUGUGAAAAAUUGUCCGGUUCAAACCUUCUUGAUUCAGUGCUUGCUUGUGAAAAUUGGUCUGAAAUGGCAGCAGCAGCUAUCAUUCGGUCAGUACUUGAAGCACUAGAACAUAUACAUAGUCAAGGAGUAGUUCACUACGAUAUCCAACCCGAUAAUCUACUUUUUGUAAGGAAAACUAUCGGUGACAACGACUUUACAAAUUCAUCUAACAAUUCUGAUCUUCUACGUGCUCUAGCCCCUUUGGUCACUGAUGUACUAAGUCAAACAGAUCGUCAUAAAAUGAAUGUUUUCAGUAACCUACUGAAAGUUAUAGGAUUUUCUACAGCUCAAACAUAUAUCACAAACUCUCAGGAUCGCAUAGCUUGUAUGCCUCCUCUACGCUACAGACCGGAAUACGUCUCUCCUGAAAUUCUAUUAUCAAUAAAGAAAACUGAUGGACCAAAUACUGAAGUCGUUCAAACUUACUGCGAAAAUCUAGGUCCAGCUGCUGAUAUCUGGAGUCUUGGGGUAUUAACCUAUGUCCUACUUGUUGGAUGGCCUCCUUUUGUGGAUUAUGAAUCAGGCGAUAUACUGACGGACAAUAUUUUACAAGCAAUCAUACCAUUUGAUAUUCCAGAAUUUGAAAACAUUUCUGAAGAAGGUAAAGACUUCAUUUCAAAGUUACUCCAAGUGGAUCCCACGAAAAGUUGGAUUUAUAGAUCUGAUUGUUGCUUUCAAACCUUACAGAAACGACUUUCGGCAAAAGAAUGCUUAACUCAUCCAUGGAUCCAGUUAUUCUCGAAUUAUGAGAUAAAAUCAGAAUAUAUACUUAGGAAGUUGAAGAAAUACAAAGAAUUUUAUAAUUCAGUACAUCCGGUUUACAUAGCGAAUGAUGACAGAAAUUACAGUAUUGACCUGAAAAACCGAAUAGCAGCUAUGAUAAGACACUCAACUCCAAGUGAAGAUACAGUUAGUGUCUUGUCUUCCGGUGCAUCCUCAGUUUUUGGACUUCAAGAUAACUCUGAAUCCUAUAGUGAGGACCAAUCUCAGUUACUUGAUCGGUACGGAUCACAUGAUUUCAAUGAGUCACUAUUGAUGAUUCCUUCAAGUACACAUAUCCCUACUGCAGCAGAUGCUUCAGAGUCAGUUUUAGAAAAAUUCAAUCUGGAAAGGCAGAAUACUCUUACAGAAACUACACAGCUGGAAGAAACGACUUAUCCCCUUUUGACAGGACAAGAAAGCACUUCAGCGAAUAUUGAGCACGAAAAUCAGGCCACUUCAGCAACACACGAUAAGACCGGAAAAAAGUUUAGUGCUCCAGUUUUUGCUAGCUUAUUGAGGGAUGCAUACUUCAGUGUGCAUACCAGAGAAGCUCGAUUCACGUGUCAACUUGCCAGCGCUCCAUAUAUUCCAGAAGGUAUUCAUGGCCAUGAUGAGGCACUCAAGGAACUAUACCCAUCUGGUGUCACUUGUAAUGACAUCAACAAAAGCUCUUCUGCUGCUGCAGCAUGGUACUUAGGAGGCUGUUUACUUUCCGACGGUCCAGGUGUUAGUUUAGGCGCAGGACAUAGUGGAUGGUUGUGGCUUUGCCUUAGUGAUCUACGUCCAGAGCAAGAUAGAAGUGUAGUCGAAUGUGUUGUAAGAAAUCGAGCUGGUAAAUCCAGAACAAAAGCACGUCUUCUACUUGCUGAUAUUCCGAAACCCCCAGCGGCAUUAAUUAGUUGGUUAUCCUCAACGCCUGACUCAAAUGAGGAUCUGAUCUACCGUGUAGAUAUUAAAUAUUCGGACAGCGAUAAUGAAUCAGCUAAGUGGCAUCGACAUGGAUUUACAGUAGACUGUCGUUAUCUUGUUAAUGAUCUUAAACCUGGUAUGUGUUAUCGUGUUCGAGUUUCUGCGGGAAACACAUUCGGCUGGGGAAAUUAUAGUAUUGCAUCUUCUGAUUUCCGUACUCCUAAUGUUUCCCUUGGUCAGACACCAAAUAUUCUUUCGACAAAUGAACAGGCUUGGAUAUUCAACUGGCGUCAAUCAACGAAUAUCUAUGCCCUAAGUGAUCAUCCAGUAGCUCUGCAAUAUGCUGUUGACCAGUUAAAAAGUGUUCCUCCACCACCAGACAAAGUUUUACAGAAACUUCAUCGACACAAUGGAAUAAUUCCAAGUUUAGAUGUUUUGAAAUCUGUAUGCAGACCAAUUCGUCUUAUUAACAAGGGUACCUAUACGAAAUUAGUCCUUGGAAAGACCCAUCCGAUGUUAAGUGUAGGGGCGAAUUACAGCAGUAUUAGACAAAAUACCCUGUCUCUUCCACCCAGAUUGUUAAGUAAAAUCACAUAUAUAAACUCAGAGGACACAACUUUAUUACAAAAAGCACGUCGUGAAGCUCUGAUUCUUACUAUCCUUCAUGGAGCUAGUGGAGGAAUGAGUUCCUCUCUUGAAGACUAUUUUGGUGAGCAGGAUAGUUCAUAUCUUUUCACCAGUCAGCGGCAACUACUACCAUCUGGAUGGUCAUUUGGAUGGCUAGCAAAUGAUGCAGUGAAACCAACAGAAGGCAUAACAGUAAUGCAGUGGAUUCCUGGAGGACGUCUCAUAGAUGUGUUGUGUAGCAGAGUAGAAUAUACUGAGUUUUCUGUCAUGAUGUGGUGUCAACAAAUACUCAUGGCACUAAGAUGGUUUCAUACAUGCUUCCUAGGACAGCCUCAUGGAAAUAUUUGCCCAGAGCACAUACUUAUAGCUCGUCGGACAUCUUCACUUCCGGAUAUAGUGCUAACUGGAUUUGGUCAACAGGCUGAUUCAACCGAACUUCAGAGCUGCUUCACAGCUCCAGAACUGUAUGAGGAUCAACCGAAAUCCAUCGCUUCUGAUUUAUGGAGUGUUGGAGCUGUAAUCAGACUGCUAUUAACAGGAGAAAAUUCAAGUGAUAUUAAUACCAACAAUAAGAAAGUAACAUCGUCGUCUCCAACUAACUCUGAGGAAAUACACACACGCUCACAAGGUUAUCUCAAUAUAAAGAAGUUGAAGAAAUUUUCUAAACCUGCACGAAAAUUUGUAUACAAUUGUCUGAAUCCUGUGCCAAGGAAGCGCGGAACAGUUGACUUUUGGCUAGAUUCUCACUGGUUUGAUUUGAAUGCUGAUAAUGUGAAUAACUUGACUUCAGCAAUCAUUCCUACAAAUAUACUACGAUCAUUUAAACUCUUUUCAAUACUGAAACCAAUCCAUGUGUAG